AUGAAUGACAUAGAUAUGGCCCGGACAAGCUCAAGAAACACUGCUGACUUGCGUCUCGAGAUCUACUCAGACCUUAUUGACAUGAUCGGCAUUAACAACUCGUGUGUUGCAUCAAGUGAUGGCGGAAACUCAUCGAAAGAGAAAUCCGACCCCAUCAGGCAACAUAAAGUAACUCUGUCAAGACCCGCGUUUCACGAGCAGAACAGAGUCGAUGCCGCAGUAGGGAGGUGUGAAGCGAUAGACCUCGUGUCAUACCGGUUAGAAAAUGCAACAUGGGCGUGCUGUACAGCGUCCCAUAACAUUAACUGGAUUUUUGUCGACUGCGCUAAGCAAACGGUGCUUGCACUUGCUUGUUUGAAUUUGCAAUAUGCCGAUGAUUUGUUGUCAAAGACCUGUGGCGAACUAAGUCUACGGCAUCAGUGUCUCGAGUUCCAGUCACUUGAUGGGAAUGGAGUAUGGUGCUCCAAGACAUUCUUCGCCGAAACUGUCAUCACUGAACGUGCUAUCGCAGCUCCGGAAGCUCCUGUGAUAACCAUGGAAACCGCCGCAUACAUGUGUGCUGCAUUCAUUUUGGUUGCGUUCAUUCUCGCAGUCAUUAUCCCCGAGAGCAAGUGUCGCCCUUCUUACAAAUACGACAAAGAGAAAGCACUCAGAGUACCACUUGAGAUUUAUGAAAUGUGUGGUGAAACAUAUAAACCAUCAGCAAAAAAGCGAAGAUUGAAUGAUAACACGAUCUGCAACGAGCGGUCACGACGCUUGUACGCUCACUUCCGAAACUUAUCAAUCGCUGCAUCUACAAGAUCUAGAACGGCAACAAACGAUUAUUCAAAAUCUAAUAAAAACGAAAACGAGAACGUCCUAUGGAAAAAUACGGAGAAUAUUGCAUCACUUAAGAGAGACCUUGAUAAACGAAUUAAUGUCAGUGAACCUUUCAAUGUACCUACAUGCAAGUUUCAAAAUACUUUAUCACAUGACAGUAGCGAAGCGGCAAACGAGAAUAAUGAAUUACAUUGGAAAUCAGAUGACGCAGGGUGUAGUAUUACAGAAUCAAAAGCUGCGUCGUGUCAGAGUACGGACAACGAAGGUCAUCAGUUUGAUGAAUCGUGCGACAUCGAAGAUAACGAUGAGCUAUGGAAAUUAUCUAAGGUAGCACGUCCAUACAUUUUGUCGUCGGAAUUAUAUAUGCACUCAAAAGACGAAGGCACGAAUUUAAGAUCAACACAUAUUUGGGAGUCAAGUUACAGAGGUGAACGAUUAGGCGACGAUAGUACCAUUGAUAAAGAUCAGUACAGAAUAAAUAUAGGCCCAAUGGGAACAAAAAUACCGAACGUUGGUUAUCCUUUGCCAUUUUGUACAAUGAAAAAACACAUAUUUUCUGCCAAACAUCUUUUUUUGGAGACAAGCGAUCUGCAAUACGAAAACCCAUUUGAUUUAAAAGAUUUCUUGGAUUGCUCAACGAUAGCAAAACGGUCAAAUAAACGAAGACAAUUAACCCUUGAUGACUCUCUGGAAUAUAAGGCUACAUUAAAUAACAACGAGCUUCUCUUUGAAAAUGAAACCCGAGGUAAAUCUCGACGCCAACGACGAAAUAGGAACAUAAUUCAGUCAAACAGACUUAAUUGCUUUGAUUUUGUAGACUCCCAUGACUUAGGUCAACAACCAAACCGAGAUGGUUUAAGUUAUAUUGAGGAUGAAAAAGGAAUGGAUUUUGAUCGUGUUGAUACAAAGCUUGUGGACUUGCUAAGUGAAAUAAAGAGGCACCACAGCAAUAAACGAUUGCUUUCACGCAUCUCUGAACGUGUAGAUGAAAGUUUAAAUGAACUUGAAAAUGAUAUUACCGCUUGUCGCUUUAGCAGAAAGGCAAGUAUAUGUUAACAUGAUUAAUGUUAAUAUUUCUCUGUGCUUUUCUAUCGAGAUAAUUAAUGUUAAAGACAGGCAACAUGGCAUGUUCCGCAUCUG